CUUUGUUGGUUUGGUUUUCCUGUGGACAGCUGAAGAGACGAGUAUAAAUAAGAGCAGGUGAGCAGCAGACUGACAGGCAGGUGAGCUACAGACAGGUGAAGAUGCUGCUGCUGUUUCUUCUCUCCAUAAGUUCGGCUUCGGCUGCGAAGCUGGGCGUGGUGCAGACGGAGGCGGGGCAGGUAGAGGGGCGGAGCUACAACAUGGGUCUGUUCAGGUCCGUCGAGGUCUUUAAAGGUGUCCCCUUCGCUGACGUCCCCGGAAAGUGGGAGAAACCAAAACCUCAUCCUGGGUGGGACGGAGUCCUGAAGGCCACCAAGGCCAGAGAGCGCUGCCUGCAGGUGACGCUGCUGCAGACAAAAACCCAGGGCAGCGAGGACUGUCUCUACCUGAACAUCUUCGUUCCACAGGGACGAUCAUUGUCUUCCAAUCUACCAGUGAUGGUCUACCUGUUUGGAGGUGCCUUCCUGCUCGGGGCGUCCAAUGACGUUGCGAUUCUUGGAGACUCGCUGUAUGACGGGAAAGAAAUGGCCGACAGGGGCAAAGUCAUAGUCGUCACAGUGAACUACAGAGUCGGAACGCUGGGCUUCCUGAGCACUGGAGACGACCGGCUGCCAGGUAACUACGGUCUGUGGGAUCAACACGCUGCCAUCUCAUGGGUUCGCAGGAACAUCGAGGCGUUUGGAGGAAACCCAUACAACAUCACCGUGUUCGGCCAAUCAGCCGGCGCCGCCAGCGUCAGCUUCCAGAUGUUGUCUCCGUACUCUAAGGGUUUGUUCCGCAGGGCGAUCUCUCAGGGUGGAGUUGCUCUCAGUCCGUGGGCUCUCCAGAAGAACCCCAUGGCCCUCACCAAGAAGAUCGCCCGUAAAGUCGGCUGCUGGAGAAGCAACGAGGACGAGAUGAUCUCCUGCCUGAAGAUGAGCGACCCGGUCGGUCUGACGAUGGCGGGAAAAAUUGACAUCCUGCUGCUGCUGGGGAAAGGUGUGGUCAUGGACCUCCUGGAACUCGCUCCGGUGGUUGACGGUGAUUUCAUUCCUGAUGAUCCCAGUCGGCUGUUCCACAACGCCGGUCAGUUCGACUACAUGGCCGGAGUCAACAGCAUGGACGGACACAUCUUCGCAGGAGUCGACGUUCCUUCCAUCAACCAGAGAAAUGCCACCAAAAUUGAGCAGGUGAAGGGUUUUCUGACUCGUUUGACCAAAGAAAAGGGAACUGCUGCCGCGGAUUCGGCCUUCAACGUUUACUCUGCUCACUGGGGUUCGUAUCCCGAUCCAGCUGUGGUGAAGAAGACGGUGGCCGACAUCGAGACGGACUUCCUGUUCCUGGUUCCGACCCAGAUCGCCCUGCAGCUGCAUGCUAACAAUACCAGCGGAGCCCGGACCUUCUCCUACCUGUUCAACAUGAAGACCAGGAUCCCCGGAUUCCCCAGCUGGGUGGAGGCCGAACACGCCGAGGACCUGCAGUACCUGUUCGGUAAACCCUUCUCCACCCCGCUGGUCUACUUCCCCCGCCACCGAGACCUGGCCGGCUACAUGAUGGCCUACUGGACCAACUUCGCCAGGACCGGGAACCCUAACUCUGGUGAAAGCAAAGUUCCAGUUACGUGGCCUGAAUUCAACAAAUACCACCGACCGUAUCUGACCAUCAACAGCAAGAUGACCAAGUCCUCUGUCAGCUACGACCUGAGAUCAGAGUACGUCAACUACUGGACUCAGACCUACAGCCGCCUGCCGGCAGCAAGAACCCAGGAACCCUGAGAACCCUGGAACCCUGAGAACCCAGGAACCCUGAGAACCCUGGAACCCUGAGAACCCAGGAACCCUGAGAACCCUGGAACCCUGAGAACCCUGGAACCCUGAGAACC